CAAAAUAAUUUCAACCUCAACGAAGUUCCUGUGCUACAAAUUUACAGCAAUGAGUCAUAUAUAACUUGAACCGUGUAGCAUUUAUACACCACCAGUAUAAGGCUCGGAGCUGGUAUUCCUUUUUUUAUAAAGACUUUCGAGAGUUCCAAACUUUAGUGUCAGUGCAGGGAAAAAGUUGGCACGAACGUUUUAGACGGGGUGAGUAGAGUGUGCAAUAAUGGCGGGAAAAUUAUCAGCACUUCUUGUGUGGACGGUCUGCGUUUUGGCGAUCAUAUCUAACGGGGAAUGUGCUUCAAGGCAGAAGCGCUCCGUGCCGCAGUUCGCGCUGAUGAUCGCUUGUGCCGUUGGAGGAAAUCCACUGGACUAUAACGGAUAUGGAUGUUACUGUGGAUUCGGUGGGGGAGGAACGCCAGUUGACGCAACAGACAGGUGCUGUUACAACCAUGAUCGGUGCUACUCCAGGAUGAAGAGCUCAGGCAAGUGCGACAAGGAGACUGGUGAUGUUUACAUCAUGGUGUACCAAAGCAGCCGGGCAAACUGUGGUACCAAUAACCCACAAAUUACAUGCAAGCGAUCACGGAGGUACGGGUGGCUGGAGAAGUUUAUCAUCGGUCAGAAGACAGAUUGCGCAGAAGGACUGUGCAAAUGCGACAGAGAUGCCGCCAUCUGCUUCAAGAGAAACAGAAACACAUUCGCUCCAAGUUAUAUCGAUUACCACAAGCACACAACUUGCUUGCGACAAAGUUGGUACGAACUCCUGAGACAGAAAGAAGAGUGUGAUAGAAUAAUGGCGGGAAAAUUACUAGCACUUCUUGCAAGGACCGUCUGCAUUUUGGCGAUCAUAUCUAACGCGGACUGUGCCCAAAGGCAUAAGCGCUCAGUGCCGCAGUUUGGGCUGAUGACCUCUUGUGCCACGGGAGAGAAUCCACUGGAGUAUAACGGCUAUGGAUGUCACUGCGGAAUAGGUGGGGGAGGAACAUCAGUUGAUGGAACGGACAGGUGCUGUUACAUCCAUGAUCGGUGUUACGAUUUGUUGGAGAGUACGGGUUUGUGCGAUGAUGAUUCUAAUGACGUAUACAUUAUGUUGUACCAAUACAGCCAAUCAAACUGUGAUACCGCUAAUCCACAAAUUAAAUGUAAGGAAGCAGAGAAGUACGACUUGCUGCAGCAACUGCUCGUCUCUCAAAGGACUGAAUGCGCAGAAGAACUGUGCAGAUGCGACACGGAGGCAGCACUCUGCUUCAAGAGAAACAGAAACACAUUCUCCCAAAGUUUCGUCAACUUCGACAAAGAGAAAAAUUGUGUCGAUUAGUCAUUUUUGGCGUAACACUGCCAUUAAUAAGCAAAUGGCUAAUUUUAAUUCUUAAAAGUGUUUUGCUUUUAACUAACUUCUGCAUAUAAAAUUUAUUUACGAUUCCAUUUCCCCCGACUUUUAAGAGAAACAAAGUUCUGAAUUCUUAUUCUGAAUGGACUGGGCUAGGUCACCGUUGGAUGUUUAACAACCUACAAUCCAUGGCCAUGCUUCGUCGUGUAUUUCCGAGGAUGGGGUGGGGUGGG